GCGGCCGCAGGUCCUCGUCACUCGGGCAGGGUCCGGACGCGAUCGCCGCCGGUACCGGAGCCGCUGCCCCGCCCGCCGGGACCGCCGGUCUCCGGAGCUGGCCAGGAUGGCACAAUGGAACCAGCUGCAGCAGCUCGACACCCGGUACCUGGAGCAGCUCCACCAGCUCUACAGCGACAGCUUCCCCAUGGAGCUCCGGCAGUUCCUGGCCCCGUGGAUUGAGAGCCAGGACUGGGCAUACGCUGCCAGCAAGGAGUCCCAUGCCACGCUGGUGUUCCACAACCUGCUGGGGGAGAUCGACCAGCAGUACAGCCGCUUCCUGCAGGAGUCCAACGUCCUCUACCAGCACAACCUGCGGCGCAUCAAGCAGUUCCUGCAGAGCAGGUACCUGGAGAAGCCGAUGGAGAUCGCCCGCAUCGUGGCUCGCUGCCUGUGGGAAGAGUCCCGGCUCCUCCAGACCGCGGCCACUGCAGCCCAGCAAGGGGGACAGGCCACGCAUCCCACGGCAGCUGUAGUGACAGAGAAGCAGCAGAUGCUGGAGCAGCACCUGCAGGAUGUGAGGAAGAGGGUGCAGGAUCUGGAGCAGAAGAUGAAAGUGGUGGAGAAUCUCCAGGAUGACUUUGAUUUUAACUACAAGACUUUGAAAAGCCAAGGAGACAUGCAGGAUCUGAAUGGGAACAACCAGUCGGUGACCCGGCAGAAGAUGCAGCAGCUGGAGCAGAUGCUGACGGCGCUGGACCAGAUGCGAAGGGGCAUUGUGAGCGAGCUGGCUGGGCUGCUCUCAGCUAUGGAGUAUGUGCAGAAGAUGCUGGCAGAUGAGGAGCUGGCAGACUGGAAGAGACGGCAGCAGAUCGCCUGCAUUGGCGGCCCCCCCAAUAUCUGCUUAGACCGGCUGGAGAACUGGAUAACCUCUCUUGCCGAAUCCCAGCUACAGACCCGGCAGCAGAUCAAGAAGUUGGAAGAGCUGCAGCAGAAAGUGUCCUACAAGGGUGACCCCAUUGUCCAGCACCGGCCCAUGCUGGAGGAGCGCAUCGUGGACCUGUUCCGGAACCUGAUGAAAAGCGCUUUCGUGGUGGAGAGGCAGCCCUGCAUGCCCAUGCACCCCGACCGGCCCCUGGUCAUCAAAACCGGGGUGCAGUUCACCACCAAAGUCAGGUUGUUGGUCAAGUUCCCAGAGCUGAACUAUCAGCUGAAAAUCAAAGUCUGCAUCGACAAGGACUCUGGGGACGUUGCAGCACUCCGGGGGUCCCGGAAGUUUAACAUCCUGGGCACCAACACCAAGGUCAUGAACAUGGAGGAGUCCAACAACGGCAGCCUCUCGGCUGAGUUCAAGCACCUGACCCUGCGGGAGCAGCGCUGCGGGAACGGCGGCCGAGCCAACUGCGAUGCCUCGCUCAUCGUCACCGAGGAGCUGCACCUCAUCACCUUCGAGACAGAGGUGUAUCACCAGGGGCUGAAGAUUGACCUGGAGACCCACUCGCUGCCUGUGGUUGUCAUCUCCAACAUCUGCCAGAUGCCGAAUGCCUGGGCCUCCAUCCUGUGGUACAACAUGCUGACCAACAACCCCAAGAACGUGAACUUCUUCACCAAGCCCCCCAUCGGGACGUGGGACCAGGUGGCAGAGGUGCUGAGCUGGCAGUUCUCCUCCACCACCAAGCGUGGCCUCAGCAUCGAGCAGCUGACAACGUUGGCAGAGAAGCUCCUAGGCCCGGGUGUGAACUACUCCGGCUGUCAGAUCACCUGGGCCAAGUUCUGCAAGGAGAACAUGGCUGGCAAAGGCUUCUCUUUCUGGGUCUGGCUGGACAACAUCAUUGACUUGGUGAAGAAGUACAUCCUGGCGCUGUGGAAUGAAGGGUACAUCAUGGGCUUCAUCAGCAAGGAGCGGGAGCGAGCGAUCCUGAGCACCAAGCCCCCGGGCACCUUCCUGCUGCGCUUCAGCGAGAGCAGCAAGGAGGGAGGCAUCACCUUCACCUGGGUGGAGAAGGACAUCAGCGGGAAGACCCAGAUCCAGUCUGUGGAGCCUUACACCAAACAGCAGCUCAACAACAUGUCCUUCGCCGAGAUCAUCAUGGGCUACAAGAUCAUGGAUGCCACCAACAUCCUGGUGUCCCCCCUGGUCUACCUGUACCCCGACAUCCCCAAGGAGGAGGCGUUCGGGAAGUACUGCCGCUCUGAGAGCCAGGAGCACUCGGAAGCCACCGACUCAGGUAGUGCUGCUCCCUACCUGAAGACCAAGUUCAUCUGUGUCACCCCCACCUCCUUCAGCAACACCAUCGACCUGCCCAUGUCCCCCCGCACCCUGGAUACGCUCAUGCAGUUUGGCAACACCAGCGAGGGAGCGGAGGCCAACACGGGGGGGCAGUUUGAGUCGCUGACCUUCGACAUGGAGCUGACCCCGGAAUGUGCCUCCUCCCCCAUGUGAGGCCAGCGCCGCAGGACCCCCAGGAUGUGGCUCCCAUCCCCACAGAGCCCCCCCCCCGGCCUCGCUCCUGGCUGCUUGGGGCUGUUCUUGAGGAGGAGCUGGGGCCGGGUCCUCACCACGGAGCCCUCGUGUGACCCGAGAGCUCCCGGGGGGGGGGAUAUGGAUGAACCUUUUCUAUUUCCUUCCCUGCCCCUUUUUUACUCUUGGUUUGCUCAUUCAAGUGCCUGCUCCCCCCCCCCCCCACACAGCCACCCUUUGUAUGUGUGCUCCUGCAGCCCCUGCUCCUGCAGCUCCUGCUCCUGCUGCUGGAAGCUGCUCUCCUGCCUGCCCAUGGACACAUCAGGAUCUGCCCCCGAGGGGCUGCUCCUGGCCCCUGCCCCAGGUUACUGCCCAUGGGCCCUGCGGGUGAUGCUGUGCGGGCUCAGCCUGGGCUGUGCUGGGAGCAGAGGGCUUUGGGGGCCUGUUCCUGCCACCAGCUUCCUGCUCCGGAUGCAGGGACAGCAUUCACAGCUUGGGUCACUUCUGGGACCAGGGUGUAACCACAGUGGCUUCCCUGGCUGUGGCUCACCCUGGGGCCAGGCUGGAGCAGUGCAUGGAGGUAGCCCCAUUGGACCUGGAUGCAGGACAGGAGAUGGAGCCAGUGUGAUGGCAAUGGAUGGCCUGGCUGAGCUCCUGGGGCAUGGCCGGUGCUGUCCCUGGCAAUGGGGCUGCAGCUUGUGCCGGUUGGGCUGGAGGUUUGGCUGCCACUGCUAAAGUUGGAGGUAGCAGGAUGGACCCAGGACAAGGACCCUGCUCUUGGCCAGUGCUCAGCAGGGCCAUGGGUGCAGCACGGGGCAGGUUUCCUUGCUCAGGGGAUGGGGAAGCUGCUGCCCCGGGUGGGGCUGUAGUUACCAAAUAGGGGGGGAGCCCAUUUCCACGGUGUGAAUGGGGCCGUGGAUAAGAGCAGCGGCGAUGGAGCCCUGGCAGGGGUGCAGGAUGGAGCCACCCCUUUGGCUGCGCCGGGGCAGCGAUGCCGUGGGUGCUGUGUCCGUGCGGUGCCUCCGGCAGCACCGAUCCUGUACAAAGGUUUAUUUUUGGUAUAUUUGGUUGCUGUACCGACCGGCUCUGACGUUCUCCACAAUAAAGGCUCUGAAGCUGG